UUAAGAAUCACCCAAUUUGUGGUCUAGAUUUUGUUUCAAGUUUAAAUAGGGAGUAAUUGUUGGAGGGAUGGAAGGUUUGGGGCAGUUCAUUUGUCAGAAUUGUAACAUGGCAUUUCAUUCUGCUGGACUCUUGGAUAAACACAAGGCCAAAUUCUGCAUUGGCACAGACUUAAAAGAUCCAAUAGCUCUAUGGAGAGGACAAAGGGGAUUCACACAAACAGAAAACGCAGCUCUGAAGACGGUGCAUCCCAAAAGGGCAAGGACACCUGAUUUGAUUGUUUUGAAAGAACAGAGAAAGUGCCAAGUGGAUCAGAGAGAGAGUUCACAGGAAAAUACUGCUCUAAACAAACUCACUGAAGAGUUUCGAAAACUCAGGAUCUCAUUUGAACACAACCAGCCCAGAAGACAAACAGAGGUCUCUGAGGAGCAGGGCUCACUCCAGCAGAAGGCUGAUGAACAGAGGGCCAUUGACUUAUAUAAAGAUCAUGAGCAGAGACUGGCUGAGAUCAGGGCGCGCAACCAUCAGCUGGAGAAGGAGAGAGAGGAUAUCGAACAGAGGCUUGCCGAGCUGGGAGGGCGGGAGAGGACGGCUCAUCUAGAGGAAGUGCUGCAAGAGCUGAGGAGUCAGGAACAGAGGAACGAGGAGGUGCUGCAUCAGCUCAGCUCUCACAUCAACUCAAUGAAGGGGUUUAAUCAAAAUGAAGUCCAAUCUAACCCACCAGAGGAAAAGAAGACCCAUGUCUUGAUCUGUUCUGUGGACGGACCCCUCUCCGCUCAGAUAAGAGCUUUGCGUCUGGCAUACAUGCAGUCUGGUGGUUCUGAUCCAGAGGUUCUGGCCCACAUGCAUGACCUUCAAGCAGAAGCUCAUACACUGGAGCAGGCAAGACCUCGAGCUGACGGCAAGACAAAAGGAAGAAGGAUGAAGUCUCCUCACAGAGUGUUGGACCCUGAUGUUCUUGCUGUGGAGCAGGAGAACCAAAAGCUUGAGGAGGAAAUCCUCAGAAUCCAGCUGGCCAGGGAGAGGCACAAAGGAGAACACGGGCUCAUUGAUAUCCAGAAGGACCACAUCCAUCAAAUGGCUAGCCUCCAAGCUGAGAUCUCCUUUCUAAAAAGAGAAAUAGACAAGAGGCGAGACAGAAGACCACACCAUCCUAUGUUUCCUGGAUCUUCUAUGGCCCACUCACACUCUGCUCUGACACUGGAUCAGAGUUCAAAACAGCAUUCAUUAAUGGGUUCCCAUGUAACUGAUCCGAUGGAACCUCUUGGUCCAGCUCCUUAUGAUCCUGUGGCUGGCUUUGUGAUCUUCUAUGACCUGGUGAUGGGUUUAGAAGCUACUUUGAGAUCAGUGCGCUUGUUGGAAGGGUUAUACUGUAAUGGGGAGAAGUUGGGACAUACCACCCCAAUGCCACCUGUGCAGUGCCAACCAUUACUCUCCACCAAGAGUCCUGGAAACUAUGCCAUACUGGCUGUUAAACAGCCUGUGCCAAGAGUACAACCAUCUCCAAAUCUCACUUUGGUCUUGGAGAUUCAGACUUCUAGAGGUCUCCAUUUGUACAACUAUGAAACUAAGGACUUGGUUACUUGUGGCUGGGCUAAACUUGAACUUUUUGACGAGCACAACCAGGUGCACAGUGGUCACUGGAGGCUUCCCUUCCGCUCUCUCCCAGUUCAAGCGUCCCUAAGUCCAGUUCAACUGAAUUCUGUGUCUCAACUGGGUAACAUGGAACUCUGUCUUCGGGUAGCAAACGCUUGUCAUGGAGAUGUACAGACUCUUGCAAAGAUUGACAUCAACAACACCAACCAAUACAAGUACCCAUCAAUGGUGGUCUCAAACACAUCUGCAAUCCUGGCAACGCAAGAACCAUCUCACACAUUACAACCCUCAACCAAUCCUUUACCUUCAUCACUGCCACAGACAGAUCAUGUCGAGGAGUCCAAUUAUAUUUGAACGACUUGAAUUGAUUACUGUACAAAUAAAGUUUGCUGUAACUUCACACAAAUUGUAUUUCAAGUGACUAUACAGAUCACACA